AUGGAAGGUGGAGUACCUGAGGCUGAUAUCUCAGCUUUCAGAGAGUGUUUAUCUCUGUCAUGGAAAAACCCCUAUGUUCUCCGCCUCGCUUUCUCUGCUGGUAUCGGCGGUCUUCUCUUUGGCUAUGACACUGGAGUGAUAUCUGGAGCACUAUUAUAUAUCAGAGAUGAUUUCAAAGAUGUGGAUAGAAAAACUUGGCUUCAGGAAGCAAUAGUGAGUACUGCACUUGCUGGAGCAAUCAUAGGUGCUGCAGUUGGUGGAUGGAUUAACGAUCGAUUCGGAAGAAAAAGAGCUAUCUUAAUUGCAGAUUUUCUCUUUUUUAUUGGAUCUGCAAUAAUGGCUUCUGCAAUGAAUUCAUCUCUUCUUAUUGUUGGUAGAGUUUUUGUCGGUCUUGGUGUUGGAAUGGCUUCAAUGGCCUCACCAUUAUACAUCUCAGAAGCUUCUCCAACUCGAGUUCGAGGCGCCUUAGUUAGUCUGAAUGGAUUUCUCAUCACUGGUGGACAGUUUCUCUCUUACCUCAUCAACUUAGCCUUCACAAAUGCACCAGGAACAUGGAGGUGGAUGUUAGGAGUAGCAGCAGUACCAGCUCUAUUACAAUUCGCGCUGAUGAUAAUGCUCCCUGAAUCGCCGCGUUGGUUGUUUCGAAAAGGAAGAGAAGAAGAAGCUAAAGCAAUUUUAAAGAGAAUUUAUCCGCCCCAAGAAGCCGAAGAUGAAAUUAAUACACUGAAGGAGUCAGUUGAAUUUGAAAUCAAAGAAGCUGAAUCUUCUGAUAAACUCAGCAUAAUCAAAAUGCUGAAAACUAAAACAGUGAGAAGAGGUUUAUAUGCAGGAAUGGGCCUUCAAAUCUUUCAACAGUUUGUAGGAAUCAACACUGUCAUGUACUAUAGUCCAGCAAUCAUUCAGUUAGCUGGUUUUGCAUCCAAUAGAACUGCACUUCUUCUGUCAUUAGUCACAUCUGGUUUGAACGCGUUUGGAUCGAUUUUGAGCAUAUACUUUAUAGACAAGACAGGAAGGAAGAAACUUCUGUUAUUCAGUUUGUCUGGUGUUGUUUUGUCACUUGUUGUUUUGACUGUUGUGUUUCAUCAGAGUUCGACUCACUCGCCAAUGGUUAGCGCGGUCGAAACCUUGCAUUUCAAUAAUACUUGCCCUGAUUACAGUGCUGCUGUGAACCCUGGUGGAUGGGAUUGCAUGAAGUGCCUUAAGGCUUCUCCAGAUUGCGGCUUUUGUGCUUAUGGAGAUAAUAAGCUACUACCUGGAGCAUGUUUAAUAUCCAAUGACACAACAAAGGAUGAGUGUCACAAAGAGCAUAGACUAUGGUACACAAGAGGGUGUCCUAGUAAAUUUGGAUGGCUUGCAAUAAUAGGACUUGCCCUCUAUAUUAUAUUCUUUUCACCAGGAAUGGGAACUGUGCCAUGGGUUGUUAACUCUGAGAUAUACCCUUUGAGGUAUAGAGGAAUAUGUGGAGGAAUGGCAUCUACAUCCAAUUGGGUCUCAAAUCUUAUUGUUGCUCAAUCCUUUCUAUCAUUGACACAAGCUAUUGGAGUUUCAUGGACUUUUAUGAUAUUUAUCUUCAUCACUGUUGCAGCCAUUGUGUUUGUUAUUGUCUUUGUACCAGAAACUAAAGGACUUCCAAUGGAAGAGGUGGAGAAUAUGCUUGAAAGAAGGUCUCUUCAUUUUAAGUUUUGGCAGAGAAGUUCUGAUUCUGGUUAA